AUGACACAUAGUAACAAUGUCACAGAAUUUGUUUUCCUGGGCCUCACUCAGGAUCCCAAUGGACAACGGGCAUUAUUUGUCAUCUUUUUAUUCAUCUACAUGGUGACCAUGGUGGGCAACCUGCUAAUCAUGGUCACUGUCUUUGUCAGCCCUUCCUUGGGCUCCCCAAUGUACUUCUUCCUUGCAUAUCUGUCACUCAUGGAUGCUGUUUAUUCCACUGCAAUCUCACCCAAGAUGCUUGUAGACCUGCUCAGUGGCCGAAAGAUCAUUUCCUUCCCAGUCUGCAUGGCGCAGCUCUUUGUAGAGCACCUAUUUGCAGGUGCUGAAGUCUUUCUUUUGGUGGUGAUGGCCCUUGACCGCUAUGUGGCCAUCUGUAAGCCUCUACACUAUUUGACCAUCAUGAAUUGGCGAGUUUGCAUCCUCUCACUGGUGAUGGCAUGGGCUGGAGGUUUUGUACACUCUGCGGUUCAACUUGUUUUUGUGUCUAGUCUCCCCUUCUGUGGGCCCAAUGUCAUUGAUCAUUUCAUGUGUGAUUUGUACCCUCUGUUGGAACUUGCAUGCACUGACACUUUCUUUAUUGGCCUCACUGUGGUUGAUAAUGGUGGAGCCAUCUGUAUGGUGGUCUUUAUCCUCCUGCUCAUCUCCUAUAGUUUCAUCUUAAAGUCUCUUAAAACUCACAGUCAGGAAGGGAGGAAAAAAGCCCUUUCUACCUGCAGCUCCCAUAUCACUGUGGUUUUGCUCUUUUUUGUCCCCUGUAUUUUUAUGUAUGUUAGACCUGUUUCCAACUUUCCCAUUGAUAAAUUUAUAAGUGUGGUUUGUACUGUAAUUACUCCCAUGCUGAAUCCUUUAAUAUAUACCCUAAGAAAUUCAGAAAUGAAAAGUGCUAUGAGAAAACUUUGGUGUAGAAUGUUAAAUGGAGAUAGAAUAUAA